AUGCAACUCGGUCUCUCGGAAAGUCUGUCGGCGCUGGUCGCCCGCCGCUUCGUGGCCGCCAAAGAAGGCAACCAUCUCGUCUUCUCGCAUACACAUCUAUCAAUUGUCACAGCUGCAGGGAUCCCCUACCAAGUACGCUACUGCCCGGCGCUGGCGAAGAAACCCACAAACCUCAAACCCGAGCCACCCAAAGGCCCCAAACCCGAUCCAUUCGAGAACCCAUCGCCAGAGCUCCUGCUCGCCCAAUUUCCUGCGGAGAAACCCUCGCAUGCCCUCGUGCUCAACAAAUUCCCCGUCAUCCCAAACCACUUCAUCCUGACCACAACAGAAUGGCGAGAACAAACAGACCUGCUGGAAAAAGUCGACCUGGAAGCCACUUACGAAUGUCUACGCUCGUGGGGAACCGACAAUACCAACAUCACCACCAAGCCAAACGGCACCGGCACCGAUAAACCCCGCCUUUUCGCCUUCUUCAACUCCGGCGAAGACAGUGGCGCAAGCCAACCACACCGCCACCUCCAAUUCCUACCCGUCGAAGCAAUGCGCUCAUCCGGCGCAGAAGGCUGGGACCCUCUUAUCGAACUCCUAGCCGCCCAAAACCAAUCCAGACCAGAGUCUACACCGCGAAGAUCCUCAGCUACAUCUACCAGUGUAUCGAAGAGUACAUCCAACGCCACAAUCGCAUCGCCCGCAUUCCAAUACCACGCCCACCUCCCAUUCGCCCACUACGCCCUCCCGCUCCCCGCAAACCCAUCCUCAGAAACCCUGCACGCAAUCUACCUAUCGCUCUACCGCGCCGCAGCACUGGGAACAAUGAAUCGUGAUCCGACGAAGGAGAAGAUCGAGCUCCCAUCGCAUGGUCCCGCGGCUAUUAGCUACAACUUCGCCAUGACGCUGGAUACCAUGAUGAUCGCGCCGAGGAGCUCGGAGACCGCGAAUGUUCCUGUUGAUUUGGAAGCGGCGGCGGACACGGCUGAUCCGGGUGUUGUUUCGUUGAACGGCACGAUUCUGGCUGGUACGCUUAUGGUCAAGGCGGAGGCGGAGUGGGAUGCUCUGCGGUUUAAGCCGGAUAAUUUGAUCCAUGCUUUGCAGGCCGUGGGAUAUAAGAGGGUUGAUUCUCAUCGGUCUGGGGGAUCUUUGCUUUGA